AUGAAAAUAGAAGUUACGAAAGAAAAAAGUUUGAGGGAAGCAAUUGAAAUCUUUAUGGAGAAAAGCAUGAACGUAAAGGUAUAUGCAGACAACCACAAAACGGACUGGAGUGAUUAUGGAUAUGAUUUAAAUAAAAAGGGAGAACAAAGUAAAGAAAAUGGUAGCAAAAAGAAAUCUAGUAUUAAGGGAAUGGGUAAAGUACAAAAGAUAGACAAUAAAAGAGAGAAAGUUGUAAAAUUAGCUACGUGGAAUAUCAGAGGUCUCAAUGAAGAAGGAGCGAUGUGCUGCUUAAGGCUGAAAGGAAGAUUUCAGAAGAUUAUUCUUAUAAAUGUACGUGCACCAACGGAAAAAACAGAUAUAGAAGUAAAAGAAGAAUUUUAUGAGACGCUCGAUAAGGAAUAUGGAAAAAUAAAAAAAUAUGAUUUGAAGAUUGUAUUAGGAGAUCUAAAUGCAAAAAUUGGUCAAGAAGAAUUGUUUAGACCAACGAUUGGAAAAUGUAGCAAAUAUGAAGUUACAAACAACAAUGGUCAGAUUUUAAUAGAAUUUGCUAGAGAGAAAGAUAUGAUCAUAAAAAAUACAUAUUUCCAAAAAAAAGAAAUACACAAAGGAACCUGGAUUGCACCAGAUAGAAAAACUGUAAAUCAAAUUGACCAUGUCCUAAUUGAAAGAAUGGAAGAAAGAAGUAUAACCGAUGUAAGAAGUUAUAGAGGACCAGAUCUGGACACAGACCAUUUCUUAGUAGGAGUAAAAAUGAAGCAAAUAGUACCAGUUGCAAAAAACAGGAAGAACCAAGAACGCAAAAACUUAAAAACGUGUAUUAGACUGAAAAAUGAGGAGGAGAGGAAGAUGUAUUUGGAAAUGGUGAAUGAUUGGGUAGCAGGUGAAAGGCAAGAUACAGAAGAUAUAGAAGAUUUAUGGUUGGAAGUUAAAAAUGGAAUAAGAAAAGCGUCAUCACAAAGCACUCAAGAAACAGGGAAGGAAAAUAAAAACGAAAGAUGGUUUGACAAAGAAUGUGAAGAAGAAUUAGAAAAAAGGACAACUUUAAGAUUGAAGGUAUUAAAAAAUGAAACAGAAGAAAAUUUAAUAGCAUACAAAGAACAGCGAAAAAUAUGUAAAAGGCUCUUACGCGAAAAGAAAAGAAAAUAUAAAGAAAGACAAUUAGACGAGAUAGAAGAAAACUACAAAAUUAAAGAGAUAAGAAGUAUGUACCACGGAUUGAAACAAGAAAAAAAAGGAUACCAAUCAAGUUCGGUGUUCUAUAAAAACGAAAAAGGUGAACUGGUAGGAAAUGAAGAAAAAAUUUUAGAACUCUGGCAGAGGUACUUCGACGAACUCCUAAAUGGGGAAGAAAAUGGAGGAAUGAUAGAAUAA